CCACGCGCACCCUUCUGUCUCUCCCGUGGGGAAGAUAGAGAGAGUGUGAGAGACAGAUAGCAGUGAAAAAGAGGUUGGACUACCGUUUGCUGAACUAAUUUUUUCACGGAACUACAACAGGGAGACAUAGCUGGGCAUGAGGACAUUUGUCAUUACUAUAAGACAUUUUAUUUGUUAGCCAGCAAGUUAUUACAAAGUCAAGCUCGUCAUUUCAGUCCUCCCCAAGUGACCCAGGUGCCUUACUUCCUGCCAGCAGCACUGCCAACGUCGCCUUCCCAUCAUGCCGUUCCCUUUUGGGAAGUCUCAGAAGAGUCCGGCGGAGAUGGUCAAAAGCCUGAAGGAGAAUGUGGCCUACUUAGAAAAGCUGGACGCGUCGGAGAGCAAGAAGUGCGAAAAGGUUGCGGAGGAGGUUUCUAAGAACCUGGCCUCCCUGAAGGAGGUGCUGUGUGGCACGAGCGAGAAGGAGCCGCAGACGGAGGCCGUGGUGCAGCUGGCCCAGGAGCUGUACAACACCAACCUGCUCAUCUCCCUCAUCGCCAACCUGCAGAGGAUCGACUUCGAGGGGAAGAAGGAUGUGGUGCAGCUGUUCAGCAACAUUGUGCGUCGUCAGAUCGGCACUCGGACCCCCACUGUGGAGUACAUCUCCUCACACCCACAGAUCCUGUUCAUGCUGCUCAGAGGGUACGAGAGCACAGAGGUGGCUCUGAACUGCGGGAUGAUGCUGCGGGAGUGUCUGAGGCAUGAACCCCUGGCCCGCAGCGUGCUCUUCUCCGAGGACUUCUACUGCUUCUUCCGCUACGUGGAGCUGUCCACCUUCGACAUCGCCUCCGACGCCUUCGCCUCUUUCAAGGAUCUGCUCACAAGGCACAAGAUCAUGUGUGCCGAUUUCUUGGAGACAAAUUACGAAAGGGUGUUUACAGAAUAUGAGAAGCUCCUGCAUUCAGAAAACUAUGUCACCAAACGACAGUCUUUGAAGCUCCUGGGUGAGUUGCUGCUGGACAGGCACAACUUCACAGUCAUGACCAAGUACAUCAGCCGCGCUGAGAACCUGAAGCUGAUGAUGAACCUGCUGAGGGACAACAGCCGCAACAUCCAGUUUGAGGCCUUCCACGUCUUUAAGGUGUUCGUGGCGAACCCCAACAAGACGCAGCCCGUGCUGGACAUCCUGCUGAAGAACCAGGCCAAGCUGGUGGAGUUCCUGAGCCACUUCCAGACGGACCGCGCCGAGGACGAGCAGUUCUGCGACGAGAAGAACUACCUCAUUAAGCAAAUCCGGGACCUCAAGAAGCCCGCCGCCCCGGGAGAGGCCUAGAGGGAGGGGCGGAAACAAGGGCGAGCGAGUAAGCGAGGGAGUGAAGGAGAGGGAAAUGGAUGGAGAACGUCAUUUCGCGAGGGGAGAGAUGUAGAAAGGAAGGCACAGCCACUGUGGAAUACCUCCUGUUCUGCUUCCACACUGGGAUGGAUCAAAGAACAGGCACACCCUUCUAACCCUUCCUCUCUUGUCCAUUUCUGCAAAUGCGUGAGUAUUUUGGGACGGAGGUUGAAUUCUGGGGAAAACGAGUGAGCGGAUGCUAAACCAACCCUCCUACAUGAAAUUGGGGCAUAGGAUAGGAUAGGAUUUAAUGUAUUCACCUAACUGAUUAAUUAAUUAGGCUAAUUGUACACUACACAAUCAUUCACAGAAUGCACACACUCUUGACUAACGUUGUCUUUUUAAAAUAUCAGUAUGUUUGUCUCAUUAAAAAAAAAAAAAACGUUUAGGGAAAGUACAAUUGCAACGUUAAGUAAACUUGUAACCUCAAAGUCCAUUUCAAACCGGUCACAUUUCUGCUGGAAAGAAGUCACUUACACAGAUAACCCGGCCGCAAGCAGCAUCUCCACCCAAAGCGUGGUUGAAAUAUGAUACUUGUCCAGGGCCUCAGAGUGAAAGGGGGUGGAUGGUUUGUGUGUGGUAAUUCCAGCCUUAUAAGGAGCCGUGCACUUGUGUCAUAUUAGAAUAUAGAAUUAGAGUUUCCUUUUUCUUCUGUGGCGGGAAUAGCCUGUGAUAAACGUGUACAUAGCAACUGCAUCAUUUCUGAUCCAGAAUGUAGGAAAUGAUUCCAUAAUAUCUAGGUUUGUUUGUUUUUGAAGCUGGCUUUUUGUUCUUUGACUUUUAACAAUAAGUAAUAGUCACACAAAACACCAAAAUUUCUGAAUUGCAUGUAUCUUUGCAGAGCACUUUUUUGCAUUUUCAUGCCAGCAAGCCUUUAAAAACUGUUGGAAGGUUUAACUUAAUAUUAUCUCACAAUAUUUGAGAGGGGAGCUGAAUGUCUGUUUGUGCAUGGAUAUAACCGUAGGCCAAGAGCAGUACCAUAGAAUCUUGAGGAAGUGGUGGCCACAAAUUCCUAGUCGUUACAAUAAUUUAACAGAAACAAUCCAUUUCUCACUAGUACAAAUACUGAUAAACUGACCAAGGCAAUUCUAUGAGACUGGCUGUCAACAUAAAAAUUAACAGGACACUUUGGGUCCUGUAUUCGUAUGUUAUUGAUUGGUCAGUUUUUGAUAGUUGUGAAUACAGAUUAUUUCCACAUUUGAAAUUUCAUGAUCUGCACUGUGAAACUUGAAUGAACCACAAUUGUGGAAGUACACCUUCUCAAAUGUCCUCAUUGCCUUAACUUAUUCUCAUUUUAGUGACUGGAUGCUUCUCUGGUUUAAGAAAAUAAUAAUAAAGUAUAUAUAUAUAUGUAAGUACUUCCAGCAAUAUUUCCAUUUUAAGUGGUCCAGACAAAGCAGGACCCAGGCCUCUUGACAAAGGUCAUGGUUUGUUUUGCUUUCAAUGCCAAACUGGCAUCUAACUUUAGUUUGUCAUCUUUUUGCACAAAUCUUCUCAUACCUCAAAGAUGUACUCUACUUUUCCUGAUAAAAACGUAUAUCUAAUAGUUGAGGAGGGGCCAACUUUCACAAGAGAUGAAACACAUUUUAUUUGUAGGAAGCCUUAAAUGCCCUUUGCUGUGAUGAAAAUACAGAUUCAUUUAAUGUAUCAUUUACAAAAUUUACUUUAUGUCGAAAAGAUGCGCAUCGUUUUACAAAUCAGUUUCAUUCAACGUUAAAACGUCAUUUUUACCAGUGAUACCAAAAUGGGAAGCAGAAAAAAAAUGUUAUCCCUGACCCCAAAUGUAACCUGACCCUUGGAUGAUCGUCAGUGGCCUGAUGACGGACCGUUUAGAACAGACCUGAUGAGUCCGAUGGAGGAAGGGUCUUGAACGAGCUUGGCUGAUCAGGGUAUGGAUUGACAUCCUUGGACAGAGAACUGAUGGGAUAUCCUCGAGUGUAGCACUUGAGAAUACAUCUGAAUAAGUGAGUUCCAGAACAUAUUGGGUGCAAAAUAAAUUUUAAAAAUGUAAGCUUGAAAAUCCGUAGAUCUAGGGCACCAAAAUUUAAAAUUUUGUUUGGGUGAGUACAAAAUGUGUUUCAUGGGAUCACGUUUGUGCGAUGAUAUGUGGUAUAUUGACGAUUUGGACCCCUUAUAUGCUCAAUGUUUUUAUUUUAUUUUAAUAUAUAUAUAUUUUUAAGAGGUUUUAAAGUAUAUGUUUUAUAUUGGGCUGGCUGUGCAGCGUGACAUUAGCUUGGUCAGUGCCUCAGCAGGCUCCAGGCCUGAACAGGCACUGCUGGCUGCCGCUGCGGCUGCUUCAUCGGCCUCUUUCCCAUGUGUUUGGCGGUACAUUACGGUGGUUGCCUAGCUUCCUUUCUUCACACAAAAAAGCAAACCACUCUCUGAACAUCGCUCUGGUUGGAACGGGCGAUUAUUUGAAAUGAAUGACAAGAGUGAAGGGUAGUUAACCAUACUAUUCUUUUUUUUUUGUUGUUGUUAAAAAUCUUAAGUUGAACGGUUUUUUUAAUAUGUUGGCAUUGCAGCUGAAUGUGUAUAAUUGGACACAUCAGGAAAGACGUGGUCGUUGAGAGCUUUGUGGAUAUGCCCAUGAGUAUUUAACAGAAUCCACAGCACUGGGGUAGCAACAGAGGCUUCAUAUUGAUGCAUGUCAAAAUGUGAUGUAGGUGGCUUGGCUGAUUUCACAUGAGAGUUUGAAACGCAUUUUAUCUUUUUUUGUACUUGUGAUUGGGUUGAUCUGUUAUUUUUAUCACUCCAUUUUCCUGUUUUUUUCCUGCUUCCAAAGAAUUAUCUGUGUGGGUGGAGAACCGUAAAUGUGUACAUAUGUUUUAUUUUAAAAGGUGUUGG